CUCGGCGCCUGUCAGCGCGGCGGCUCAUCCCGCGCGGAGGGCGACGACGCGCGCCCGGGCUUGUUCCAGAAGGAGGUGCGCCUCCUGCUGCUGCUGCUGCCACAAUCCCAGCCCCUCACACCUGAAGUGGAGCGCCGGAGCUGAGGAGGCGGGCUUGGUCUGAGCCGCUGCCACGCCGUGCGAAGCGGAGCCGACGGGACCUGGACGGGGUUCUGGAUCGACUUCAGGUUUCCUGCCCAUGACACAGAUUUCCAGGAAAGGAGUCUACCUGAGCCGUCUGCUUCCCACCUCCCUCCUGGAACCUGAUGUUUCUGCGUCAACAGCAGGAAUGAAAUCAACAGGUGAAUCAUUGCAGAGCAGAUGACUUAUCAGUCAGUGACUUGUCAUAGUCAACAUCAGAGGACUAGCAGAAGGCAGCUGGAUUAAUGCACACACUGGCUUUCACUGAGGAGCUCCAUGGAAGCGUGAGGACAGCAUGUUCUCAGCAGAGCUUCUUCAUUCCCGUCGUCCACUCUCCUGACCAUGAGGGGGGGUGGGUUUGUCUGCUGAGCUACGAAGCUGAUUUUUGACCGGACAGGAUGUCUCCACUCCCACAGAAUAAGUUCUGGACUUUUUUCCUCCUCUGCUGCAUACUUACCUUCACAACUCUGCUGUUCAGUUACACCUUCACGGACCCCCCCUUUCAUUUCCUCAAGUAUGCGUCUCGCAUUUCUGGAAGUUUUUUCUCCAAAGACAUCUGUGCAUGUGAUUCGUGCAUGGCAGAUUUGGGGGAGGACGCUUGGUUGGCUGACCACUUCAAUCUGUCCAUACUCCCUCUGAUGACCCGGGACAGCAGUGCCCUCUCUGAGGACACCUACAGGUGGUGGCAGUGGCUGCAGAGGGAAGAGAACCCAGCAAACUACACCCAGGUGGUGGAGGAGCUGUUCCGAAUCAUCCCAGAGGAGGGGGUUUUCAUGGACGCUGGCCCACAGCGCUGCAGGACGUGCUCCGUAGUGGGGAACUCCGGGAACCUGAAAGGGUCCAAUUAUGGAGCGCUCAUAGACACCAGUGAUCUGGUCAUACGGAUGAACAAGGCGCCCACCAAAGGCUUCGAGAAGGACGUCGGAGCCAAAACGACGCACCAUGUCAUGUACCCAGAAAGUGCUGUAGAUCUGAGUAACACCACCAGUCUGGUCCUGGUUCCCUUCAAGACUCUGGACCUGCAGUGGAUCAUUAGUGCCCUGACCACUGGCACUAUUAGAGGAACAUACAUGCCUGUUAAGUCCUGGAUAAAAGCAAACAAGAACAAGGUGGUGGUCAUCAACCCAAGAUUCAUCAAGUAUGUCUAUGAGUCCUGGCUUGAGGGACGCGGACAUUACCCUUCCACCGGCUUCUUGACCUUGAUGUUUGCCCUCCACAUAUGUGAUGAGGUCAGUGUGUUUGGAUUUGGUGCUGAUCAGCAUGGAAACUGGCAUCACUACUGGGAGCACAACCAACUGGCGGGAGCUUUCCGUCACACCGGUGUCCACGAUGGAGAUUAUGAAUACAAUCUCACCUUAACGUUGGCAGACAAGCACAAGAUCCAGAUGUUUCGUGGUAGAUAGUACCGACCGCAUAGGGACUUUUUAAUAUUUGCCAUUUUAUAUGUUGAAUAUUUUAUUCAUACACAUUUCUAUUUGCGUUUUUAAUGUUUGUUCUUUUUUUUUUAUUCAAGCUGCAGGGUAAAGAAAAAAGGAAUUUUCUUUUCGAUGCAGAAAACCUUUUGGCUCAGUUCAUUGUCUCUUUCCGACUCUCCGGAAUGAGAGGACAGAGGCAGGAUGUCUGAGAGGUCUGUGCACAAUCGUAGGGGUGCCACAGCCUUCAGAUGUACAGACACACCAGCAUGGAUCAUGUCAGACUCAGAGCAUCAACAUUAUUUGAACAUGAAAAUUCACAUGUCAGAAGUGCUGGCUUUAAGCUUGUCUGCCUGCAGAUAAAGGGAUGAAGUCAUGGGGCAGAAUGUAAAGCAGAUAAACUUUUACCCGCUCUUUCAUUGUUAGGGUCACGGGGGUCGCUGGAGUUUACUUGCACUUUGUUAAAGCAGAGGCAGCAUACAUCCAGGACAGAUGGUCAGUCAUUCUCGGAAGACCGGGCUUGGUGGCAGAAACGUAAACAUUUCAUAAAAUAACUUGGGCAUGAAAAACCUAUAAAAAAAAUAAAAAGAUGUCAGAGCAGACGACCUGACAAUGGUGACCUGAAGACCAGACACUUCCAUACACUCAGGACCAUUAACACAAAUCUAGACUGCUGUGGAUAAGUGGCAACUGAAACCUGGUGUGGCUGACGGAGGAAAAAAAGCAAAAAGAACAUGACCAAAAGCCAAACUACAGUGAACAAUCCUCACAACAAAAUCUAACUAAACUCACAAACUGACCUGUUUGACACUAUUUUUUUUAAGGGUGGGAAGAAGCUGAAGAAAACCCACGUCUGCUCAGGAAGAACAAGCAAACUCCACACAGACAGGAUGAAAACCAGGACUUGGUUUCUGUUGUGAGGAGACUGGGACGUUGUCUGCAAACAAAAACCACAUUUCUGUUGUAGCAUCUGUUUUCAGUGAUUUUGUCAGUGGGAUGUCCAAAACUGCAAUCCUGACCUAAAAGAAAAUAGUAUUGAAAUCAGAGACUCCAAAUGUGAGGCUGCAGCUGCACUUUUAUUGUUAGAAAAUUAUGUUGACAAGAAGCAUGCGCUUCUUUAGAAAGCACUGAAGGCACCAGACUAACAUUUAAAAACAAAUAUCCUUGAAUUUUCUUCAGGCAGAUGCAGUUUGUCUCUGUCUGCCUUAAAAGACAGCAGUUUUUUAAGGCUGCCGUUUCCAAAAAUACAAAUGGAUCACGGCCACACGCGUUAAAUUUACAGGUUUUUUAACAAAGCUGCUCCAAAACAUUGAACUGAUAAAAUUAGUUUUCUGUGGGUUUUCUGAAACUAAAACCCUGAAAAAUAAUUAGAAAAGUAAACCUGCAAGACUGAGGAAUGAUGAUUGAGAUGAAAAACUUCAUGGAAAAUGUCAUGAAUGUUUCUGUUGAAAUGUGGAUGAGUGCAGCAGUCACUACUGAGGUCAGACUCCAGCAACCUUCUCAGACUGGGAUCUGCAAACUUUCCCAAGCCAGUGCAGUUACCACCCCAUAGCAUGAUGCUGCCGUCACCAUGCAACGCUGUUUUUGAGGUGUUCUGCUCUUAUGGGCCACAUCUGCAGCAAUCCUUCAUUUCAAAAGUCUAAUCCUCCAAUUUUUAUUUUGUUCUUUUUGUUCACACCCUUCAUGGAAACAUCCUAGAUGAAUCCAAAUUCAGCUCCUUUUUUCUUUUUUUCCAUUAACACCCAGGUCACGCUGUCCUCUACUCUUAAAAAACUGGAUCAAAUGUAUUUAUAAGAGUCCUGGAUAUGUUUCUGUCAUUCCCGACUGUCCCCUGCAGACGUUCCUCCCAGUGUGAAGACUUUCUGUCCUUCAUCCUGGUGUUUUCUCAGCACCCCUGAAGUGCUGCAGACUCUGGGCUCUUUAACAGAGUCUGGGUUCACCAAUUUAUCCCAGAUCAUUCCAACUGCUCACAAACUAAUGGUCAUUGCCAUUUGGAAGGUCAUAUUUUUAUCUACAUAAACACUUGCAUGUUGUUGUUUUUUUGUUUUUGUUUUUUGUCUUUUUUAGGGUUUUUCUGUUCUAACUUAUCAGAACUCUGGUGUUUUUUCUGUCCCAUCAAAUCUGUUUGAUUUCCUUAGAAUUUCAGUUUACAAUUGUUCCUGUCAUUACAGCAAACUUUCCUCCUGAACAUGAUCUUUCUCUGACCUUAAGAUGAAUGAUUCACUGCAGUAGAAGAAGAUGACCUGCAGCUUUUGACACCUAUAUGUUAGUACUUAAACAGCCUAUGCUGGAUGCCUUAUCACUGAAACCAAUGAAACAUUGUAUGUUUUAUAUGUACAUUGUGGCAAACAUUGUAGUGCCUUUAUUGGGACUUUUUAAAAACUUUAUUUUUCCAUUCAAUUUUUCUGUAAAACUGUUAUUUUCAUAUUUCUGAGAGGGGUAUUUUGUGUGAUCCUGAUACCUGAUAACAGUCAUCAAUGUCAUUCUGUGAUUCUCCAAUGAAAAUGGUGAUUUUUUUGUAAUUGCAUGGACUCUUAAAAAAAUCAGAUGGAAAUCCUG